AUGAUAUUUGCUCCCACAAGCCCUACUUCUGGUCCAUAUUUGUCACCUAUUUCCUAUCGUCCUGGUUCACCAUGUUCUUCUGCGACCUCGCUUCCAACGCCCGAAUUUGUACCUCCCAGACCUGCAUUCCUUGACACCACAGAUACCUUGAAACCACCCAUUCCAACUACUGCGAAGCCUGUGUUCGAAAGAAGGGAUCGUAGACCCCGUUUCCAGAAACGUUCUCUUUCGACUUCUCCUCAACCACCCCUUCGUCUCAAAGUACCUCUACCACCGACGACCAACACACUUGACGCCAACGAGCGAGCUGAUCUUAUACGGAGAAACCGCAAGUUGGCGCAACUGUUAGGACAAACCCCGGCUGUUGAAAUGGCUGCGUCAGAAGUAGAAGAAUCACGUUUAUUUAAGAUGCGACCACAGCCCCCCUUCUCUGCUUUGCUGGGGUCAUCGAAGCAGAAGCAUCAUCGUCAUGCGAUGUCUGUAUCUGUUGCCGUAAAGGCUCCCGGUUUCAAAUCCGAACCGACAUCGUCAUGGCAAGUCGUAGACUACCCAUCAACACAGAGCGGUCGCAGAUAUUCCACUCCCUACACUCCACGUAGCUUUACCUUCUACUUGGAUGAUUCACCGGAGCCACCGGCCACUCACGAUCAUCACGGCUCGUACCGCCAUUGGGAUCCGCAGCACCAAUAUGGUUCUCAAACUUCUUUCAUCGAUCUUUCAGACGAAGAUAAUUCAAAUGAUGCUUCGGAUGCGAUCAGUUUAGAAAUGCCGGACACGGCAAACAGUCGCCGAAUCUUCCAUCAUUCAUCCUCGACACCAUCUGUAGUGGAGACGUUUACGCCCGUGGAACAAGCCGAAGCCGAGAGAAGAAGAAAGCGUGACAAACUGGCUAAACUCCACCGUUUUCUCGGCUCGCGCGUCCCUACGGACUUGGUCAUUGGUCAUAUAGCUGGUCCGUCUUUACCUCCAUCGUCGAUGCCUGUGGACGGCCGCGACAUGUGGCUUUACAGGCGAAGAAGUGGUUCAUCUGCCCUAUCGUUUGAACGUAUCAAGACUGAGCUCGAUAAUGAAGAGAAGGCUGUGAAUGUCAGACGUGCUCAGAAAAUGGAAAAACUUUUCGGGAUCCCCCCUCCACAAACGUUGUACCAUACUCGCCAAGUUCCUGCAACAGUGGCCCGCUCUCAACCGGCAUCCCCUGUAGCGUCGCUUAUGACCCCGACUUACGUGUCCGCCCAUACUCCUGGUCUCUCUCAGCGUAAUCCAAACCAGACCGCGUACAUGAAAGGGAAGAAAGUGCAUCGCCCAGGAACUUCGGAUUCGACUACGUUCCUACUACCCUUCAAGAGUGCUAGCUCUCCAGAGCCCGGUCAGACGUCUGGCUAUGCGGAUACGCUUGCACAAUCUUCUGUGUACAUGAACUACCAACAUUCUAUCGCGUCGCUGACAGACAUAAUUGACCGAGUGAGUGAACAGAUGUGGAAUCAUGUACUGCACUCACCAUUUUAA